AUAAAAGCAGGGACAGCUCAUCCCUUUCACACUCAAGGCUGCAUCUUGGAGGACUAGUUCUGCUUCUUGUGUGUGUUACAUAGCUGAUCAACCUACAAAAUGUCUGACAAACCAGAUAUGGCUGAGAUUGAGAAAUUCGAUAAGGGCAAGCUGAAGAAGACAGAAACACAAGAGAAAAACCCCCUUCCUUCUAAAGAAACAAUCGAACAAGAGAAGCAAGCGUCUGAUUCCUAAUGAAACCCACCACCUCCCCCCUCCCAAUAUGCACUGUACAUUCCACAAGCAUUGCCUUCUUAUUUUUUCUUCUUUUAGCUGUUUAACUUUGUAAGAAAUAACUAAGAUACAAAGAGGUUGGAAACCGUUUACUAUGCUGCCCCGUUCCACCAAACAGAAAAGAGUUAAAAAAAAAUAUAAAAAAAAAUAAAAAACUACUGAACACUGAACGAAGGCGUUGCCUUUCCAUCUGCCUGUCCGGCUGGCUUUGGUUCUGGUGGCAUGAAAGACCGUGCAUGAUGAAAGGAGACCAUGAAUGGAGCUACACAAAUGAACACGUGGUGAUUUUGAAGGGAAAGCUGCACCAAGGUCCGGCGAGCUGUAAAAUGCAGUCAAAAUCGAGUGCCAUUUUAUUUGUUCAAAAAUGAUUUGAAUUAUUGGAAUGCACAAUUUUUUUCAAUAUGCAAAUAAAAAGUUUAAAACA